CGCCGGGGUAAUGUCGCUAAGACAAGCUGCAGAUACUGGAAUAAAGUCUUGACGAUUUCCUCAUCAACGCUCUACCAUCGACAAGUUACACAUUCAUUUGUGCGCCUACCAACACCAUGGAUACCCUCACGUCGAAUGCCACUCUUCUGGCAGCCCCAGAAACCUAUAUGGGCAUCUACAGCGAAUUAUCCAAGUACAAUGUGCACCUCAACAUCUUUGAGCGUCUCUGGGCCGUAUGUUGUUGACUCCCGGCUCCGUCAAGCUUGGUACCUUUGCUAACGUUUUCUCCAGAGUUGGUACCAAUACAUGCAAAACGAUGUACUCGCGACCGGAAUCAUGAGCUUUGUCAUGCACGAAGUCGUAUACUUUGGUCGAAGUAUUCCUUGGGUCAUCAUGGGUCAGAUCUCUUACUUCAACAAAUGGAAGAUUCAGGGGCAAAAGAUUCCUACUGCAGCAGAGCAAUGGGCCUGCACACGACUCGUCCUCCUCAGUCACCUUACUGUUGAACUACCUCAAAUCUGGCUCUUCCACCCCAUGGCAAAGAUGUGCGGAAUGGAAACCGGUGUUCCCUUCCCUGCCUGGACAACCAUCGCUUUCCAGAUUGCCGUCUUCUUCGUCAUUGAAGAUGCAUGGCAUUACUGGAUGCACCGCGCAAUGCACUGGGGUCCUCUAUACAAGAACAUUCACAAGAUCCACCACCAAUACUCUGCUCCCUUUGGUCUCGCCGCUGAAUACGCUUCUCCUAUCGAGACCAUGGUUCUCGGUUUCGGCACCGUUGGUGUUCCAAUUCUUUGGGUCUUGAUCACUGGCAACCUUCACAUUCUCACUAUGUACCUGUGGAUCGUCUGCCGACUAUUUCAAGCAAUCGAUGCUCACAGUGGUUACGAAUUCCCAUGGUCUCUACACCACUUCCUCCCAUUCUGGGCUGGAGCCGAACAUCACGAUGUUCACCACGAACGUUUCAUCGGAAACUAUGCUAGCAGCUUCAGAUGGUGGGACUACGUUAUGGAUACCGAGUCUGGACCAGAGGCAGCAAAGGCAAGACGUGAACGCAAGCUUGCAAAGGAGGCCAAAAAGGCACAAUAGAUGUGCGGACACUUGGAGAAAUGGCUGUAUAUAUAGAGGUUUCCCGGAAAGAGGUCUCGUUGAAGGCGGGCUAUUUCCUGGGCUGUAGACGAUACGAAGGGGCAUGCCAGGUGCCGGAAAGGUCGGAGAGGGUUAACGAAUGAUGAAGCUCCAACACUCUGUCCG